AGUUCAUAUCCAUAUCUUUUGAGUAUAGUUAUAUUUUGUUGUUAAGUUUUUUUGGUUCUCCUCAUUGCCUGACUGUCCCUGACAAGCACCCAACACAGAAGUUAUCGCCUGUAAUGACCUGUACAAUUCACAUUGCUUAAAUAAAUUCAUAUAUACAUUAUAAACUGCAUUCACAUAUUGACAGGAAUAGCUCACACAGGUGUCACAAGCCAGCUCUUUGCCCGAGACAAAAAGGAGGUGAGAUACUGGUGUUCAUGUCAAAGUAUGACCAUCACUUGUGCCAGCAGUGAAUGGAUGAGUGAGAAGUGUGUGUGUGCUGUCAGGAUAAACAUAAAAGAAACACACAAAACAAACCCAGUCAGAUGCCGGCCUAGGAGGAGAGAGAGAACAAAAGACUGAUCCGUCCUGGCUAAAUAAGCUCUGAAGACACGAAGACCAGAAAAAUACCAGCUUGCUGGCAGUGGAAAAUUCCCAGACCAGUCGUCAAAUCACAAAGACAAUAUCCUAUUGUAAAGGCGGAAAUGAUGUCCAUCUACAUUAUCAUCGCAGGUCUGACAACUACAGCUCUGGCAAAUGGGGCUUUGAAAUGCAAUUUAUCUGAACCUACUGGAGCUCAGCGGUGUUUUGGAGCACUUGCUGAGCCGCUGACCUUUUACCUGCCCAACGGCGAAAAUAAAAAAUUGAUGUUGACAAAGAACCACAAAAAAAGAAUUUUUAAAAUACUCAAUAAUGCAGUAGCAUCUAUAGAUAAGGAAUACCAUCGCUCUGCAUUCUUCUCAAAUGGAACUUUUAAGCUUGAGAAGGCAACAAAACAAGACUCUGGACAUUACCAGUUGGAAACAUAUAGAGCUACUGAUGGUGUGUUAUUGCACAAAAUCAACAUGUCUCUAGAAAUACAAGCUCCAGUGUCAAAGCCAGUUGUUUCUCAGAUGUGUCUGUCAUCAGAACAGAUGAUCAUCAACUGCUCCUCUGAAGGAGAUGGAGUAGAGUUAAUUUUCACUUUGGACGGUUAUUCACUGAUACAGACCAGAUCCCACUGCCAGACAAACUGGACUGCAGUCUCACAAUCACCGGCUGGGGAUGCAGCUAAACAAGACAAAUUCAGUGGUUCAAAUGUUAGCAUGAACUUAUACGGUCAGCUUACUGGAAACUUGAUGUGUCAAGUUAGAAAUAGUGUCAGCAGAAAUAAAACUGUUCUCCAGCUGACAAGCUGCAAAGGUUUCAUUUCUCACUCCUGCCAUGUGACUAUGGCUGUGAUUGCAAGUGCUGCAACUCUACUGCUCCUUCUGGCUCUGUUUCUUGGUAUCAAAUAUUUUAAUAAGAAAACAAGACCCAUGACUAUUACUGAAGAUAACGCUGAAGAUGAAAUUGUCUAUUCAGAUGUUAGAGUGAUGAAGCAUACAAGGAAAAGCAGACCCAACUUGGAUCAAAAUGCCCUAUGACCUAACCUUAACAUUGCCUACCAAAAAAAAACAUGGGAUCAUUGACUUUGAGUCUUUAAAAAAUAAAUAAAAGUAACUUUCACUUGCAGACAUGGUAACAACAAAGUUUUGGUUCAUAUUGUUCAGUAUUUUCAGUGGUCUUGAAAAAUACCCAUUGCAGGUGAUGUACAUAUUUUCUCUCUGUGCAGGAAGUUAAAUUUGUCAACAUCUACUAUGGACUAAAGUACUUCCGAUUUCUACUUAAUAUCUGAGUUACUGUUAAAAAAACAUGUUAAAUUUGUUUUUCAUACAUCAUUCAUUCAUGGACGUAACAGUGCUUUUUGUAUACUUUUAUUUUAUUUUCAGUCACCUUUGUAAUUUUAAUGUAAUUGUGUACCAUUGUAAAUAAACACUGAUAUGAUUUAAACAU